CCAGGCGUCCCUAAAUUCUGAUCAAUUACAAUUUAUUAUCAAUUUUUUUAUUUAAUUUUUUUACAGUUCAUGCCUUUUGCAAUUUAGGUAAGAAAUCUCUACCAUUCCCAAGGGCACAAAGAUUUUCUCUUCUGUUUUCCUCAGAUGUUUUAUGAUUUUGGCUCUCACAUUUAGAUCUAUAAUUUAUUUUGAGUUAUUUUUUUUUUGUUUGUAGUGUGAGGUAAAAGAAACAAUCAACUUCUUAUCCAUGAACAUCCAGUUGUCCCAGAAGCAUUUAUUGAAAAGACUGUUUUUUUUUCCCCUCUUGAAUUACCUUGACACCUUUGUUAAGAAUCAGUUGGCUGUUGAUGUGUGAGUCUAUUCCUGGAUUCUAUUCUGGUCCGUUGAUUUCUGUAUCUAUCCCAUUACCAACACCAUCUGGUCAUGAUUCCUGUGGCUUCAUAGCAAAUCAGGUAGUAUGAAUCUUACAAUUCUGUUUUCUUUUUCAGAAUGGUUUUGGCUCUUCUAAAUCCCUUGAAUUUCCAUAUAAAUUUCAGGAUCAGCCUGUUUCUUCCAAAAACCCUGCCACCAUUUUGAUUUGGGUCGUGCUGUAACUAUAGGUCAGUUUGGAGAGAAGGAGCAUCUUAAUAUUGGAUCGUUUAAUCCCGAACCUGACACGCCUGUCCUUUAACUUAGAUCUGAAUUUCUCUCAGCAAUGUUUUAUAGUUUUCAGCAUGAAAAUCUUGUAUCAAUUUUUAAGAUGUAGUCGUAAGUAUUUUAUUUCAUGUUCUUUGAUGCUAUUAUAAUUUUUUUUCCAGUCUCCAUUGCCAAAUGUUCCAAAUAUUGCUCGGGCAUAGAAUCCUAAUGGAUUUGUCUAUGUUAAUCCUCAUCAGUGCAGUUUGCAUUUUACGUGUUCUGUAUGUCAUCUCUAGAACAUUCGUUGGGGUCUUGUUUAUGUUUUCUGUCAUUUUCUUCCCUAUACGUAGCUUACUUCUGCAUUCCCGAGCGUCUGGCACGUCCUGAUACUCGUAACCAGGGCAUCUUUUGCUGUCAUCCCUGUCAUUCUUGUUUCUCCGUGUCGAUUAUGGGUCAUACUUUCCUGUUUCUUCCAAUGUUUGUGUCAUGGCAGUGUGGCUGUAGCAGAUUUCCACAGACAGGGGAGCUUGAAUGGGACGCAUGUAUUUCUCACAGUUCUGGGGGCUGGGAGUCCAAGAUCCAAGUGCCAGCCGAGCCAGUGUCCGGUGAGGACCCCCUGGUUCGCCAUCUCUUGUGCUCAGGAGGCAGGGAGCGGACAGAGAGGAAGCUAGCUCUCUGGGUCUCUUCUUGUGAGAACACUGAUGCCGUUCACCAGGAGAGGCGCCACCUUUAAAUGCCCCCACCUUGGGGAUUAGGCUUCAGCAUAUGAAUUUUGAGGAGACACAAACAUUCAGCCUCCAGUGGUCUAGAAAUUUUUGUUUGGAUGCCUGACGUGAAUUUUACAUGGCUGAAGGCUCGAUUUCGUUGAAUGCCUCUAAAUGAUUUGGGGCUUUGUUCUGGAAUGCAAUUAUGUUAUUGGAAUCCGAUGGGUCAUCUGAGACGUUCUUUCAAGCUUUGCUGUGGCAGGCCCAGAGUAGACGUAAUGUAGGAUUACUCGUGGUGUUGUUCUGAGGAUGCCGUCCAAUGCCCUGGACUUAGAAGGAGCUGCUACGCCUUCUGAGGGAAGGACUGUUUCCAGCCUGCGAGGGCUCUGAGGAUUUCCCUGUCUCUCCUUUCUCGCACUGUUUUUGCACUGCUUCCUGUCAAGGACACCCCUCUGUAGUUCUCCUUUCUCUGCGUGGAGUUCCCUCCUCUCCCGUACCUCAUCUUGCCCUGACCUCCCAGAACCCCGAUCCUAUGUCCUCAGCGAGGUCCACAUUCCCUGCUCAGGUUGUCCCCAUGCUCUGCUCUUGGAAACUGCUUCCGUGUAAGCUGGGGGCUUCCCCAGGCUCAGGUCAUAGCUCGCUUCACCUGUUCUCUUCCGGUCAGGGACCAUAAUCUUGUGACAGCUGUUGCCCAACGUCUGAAAACUGCUCUUCACUGUAUUACACAGGUUUUCCUGCUGGUUUAAUGCACUAGGGCACUCUGGGUUUCUGUGACUCGUCACGGCUGGAGCCAUGGAGCUUGUAGUCCUGUUUCGCUUGACGUGUUUCAUCUGAUAAUCUGAUUGAUAAGCGUAUCUCCCCGUAUAUGCUUUUGCAACACCAAGGCUUUAUGUUGUGGUGUUUCUGCAUGCCCUCAAGCCCUCCCUCAGAGAGGAGGCACAGCUGCACGUCCCUGCAGAAGCGCACAGGUGACCACCCCACCCCCGCCCCUGGCGUCGCGUCCAGAGCAGGGGCUGAGAGGUGGCACCAACUUGCUCUCCGGGUGAUGGCGCCAGGCACGAGGGAGGGUACGGGGCUGGGGCCACCCGACCCAUGACUGUGUUAGUAACACAAUAAGAGUGAGGUGCUGAGAAGUAGCUUCCGAAAAUCCUCAGGGGGGGCUUUGUGUUAUAUCGACUUCCUCCCCAAAAUGCUGGGUAUCAAUAUCGCCCGCGUAGGUGAGGACCUACGUGGCACAGCAAGCUCGAGUCUCUGUCUGUGCACCUGAAGCUUGUGAUUCUGUCACUCCUCCCUCUUCGGGACCUUGCCAGGCCCUGUGGGAGGGGGUAGGGUGGAGGAGGAGAAAGAACGCACAUGGAACAUGAUUGUCAGAAUUCUAGGCCAUGGAUUUUUUUGUAGGAGGGGAGGGACAGAUGAUCGAGCAGGAUGAGAACGCCAAAUAACAAGGAAUGAAUGAAUAUGAGAAUAAGAGAAUUCUCCUUCCUUCCCUGCGUGGGUUUGUUCCCAAUGCCAGCUUUCAGAGUCCUUCCCUCUGAGACCCCAGCUCCGUCCUGACUCAUCUCCCGGUGAACUUCUUCAGCCUGGCCCCGUGCGUCAUCUCCCUGGGCAUUCCUGGCACAUCACCCGCUCCGGGCAGCUUGAUUGGUGCUUGUUAACUCGAGUGCACGCUGGUGAUAUCUGUGUCUUGUAAGAAAUACGUAUAUACGUUCCUACAGCCUUUCAAGCCAGAGAAUCUUAUUCAGCCUAUCUUGAGAAUGACGCUCACGUUCAAACGUUAAAAAUUCUACAAGAGAUUCUCACAUGCCCAGCUGGGUGAAAAACACUGAAUCAUACUGUAAACUAUCUAUAGACUCACUUCACCCUAUUAUCUCUGCUGGUGAGCCAGAGGGGUUGAACGCCCAUCCCCUUCUGUACCAGACCCGCUUUUUCUGCUGAGAACAAGCACCACGAUGAGUGGGGAAGCAGUGAAUUUCAGCACUGUCUUCAACUUCGACGAGGAUUAUUUUGGGUCGGGAAAUACUUCGGAUUAUUCAUUUGAUGAUGACACCUUACUGUGUUCCUUGCAAGAGGUCAGAACAUUUUCUGGGCUAUUCGUGCCCGUGGCUUACUCCCUGAUAUGUGUCUUUGGCCUUCUGGGCAACAUUUUGGUGGUGGUCACCUUUGCUUUUUAUAAGAAGGCCAAGUCCAUGACAGACGUUUAUCUCUUGAACAUGGCCAUCGCAGACAUCCUGUUCGUCCUCACCCUCCCGUUCUGGGCCGUGAGCCACGCUACCGGCAAGUGGGUCUUCAGCAACGCCAUGUGCAAGCUGAUGAAGGGCGUCUACGCCGUCAACUUCAACUGCGGGAUGCUGCUCCUGGCCUGCAUCAGCAUGGACCGCUACGUCGCCAUCGUGCAGGCCACCAAGUCGUUCCGGCUGCGCUCCAGAACGCUGGCGCACCGCGGGCUCAUCUGCGUGGUGGUGUGGGCGGCGUCGGUGCUCAUCUCCGGCUGGACCUUCGUGUUCAACCAGAAGUACAGCGUGCAGGGCAGCGACGUGUGCGCGCCCCGCUACCACGAGCGCUCCGACCCCAUCAAGUGGAAGCUGCUCAUGUCAGCCCUCCAGCUCCUCUUCGGCUUUUUCAUCCCACUGGCGUUUAUGAUCUUCUGCUAUAUGUUCAUCGUCAAAACCCUCGUGCAGGCUCAGAACUCCAAGCGGCACAAGGCCAUCCGCGUGGUCGUCGCGGUGGUGCUGGUGUUCCUGGCGUGCCAGGUGCCCCACAACGUGGCGCUUCUGGUGACGGCCGCGCAGCUGGGUAGGAUGAACCGCUCCUGCCACGGCCAGAAGGUGCUGGGCUACAGCACGAGCGUCACCGAGGUCCUGGCUUUCCUGCACUGCUGCCUCAACCCCGUGCUCUACGCCUUCAUCGGGCAGAAGUUCAGGAGCUACUUUCUGAAGAUCGUGAAGGACCUGUGGUGCGUGCGGCGGAGGCAGAAGGCGCCGGGCUUCUCCUGCUCCCGGCUGCACUCGGAGACCUUCGUCUCCAGGCAGAACAGCGAGACCGUGGACAACGAGAACGCGUCGUCCUUCACCAUGUGACCGGCCCGGAGUGGGCGGUGCCCGAGGGUGGGGGAGUGUGGGCGUGGACUCCGGAGCCCUGUCCUCCUGCAGCCCGGAGCCCCCGGGGCACCCUACCGCUGGCCCUCCCCAAAGCGGGCCCCGGGGAAUGCGGACUCGCAGCCGACCGUGGACACGCGUGGACAUUUUCUGGAAUAUUCUUGAAGCAGCUCUAGAGGCACCAUCUCUUCUGAUCACAGCAAAACGCACGGGGUUUGGAAAACCUAGACGGGAAAAAUCACGUAAGAGCCCUCGGACAACUCAUUUUAGGCAGAAGGUGAAACAUUUCACCCACACUGGAAAAGUGGCGUGGGGAGAGAGACAGUGGCUGGGCGCACACCGGUGUCGACCGUGACCACGGAGAAAGCAGAUCAGGGGGUGACAGGCCAUCGGGACAGUGUAUAUUUGCUUUACUUCCCCGAGAAAAUGUUCUCUGCAGUCGGUAAUUCUCCGAAAAUCUGGUAAACAGAGUUCCAUGAAGACGCAUGCAGACGGCAUGCAUUCAGCAUGCAGAGGGACUUAGAAACUAUUUGCCAGACAAACCACAGUGAAAUUGGGGGCUGUAGCGCAGUUUAGAGUGUAAAGCCUUUAAAUCAUCUUCUUUUAGAAAGCACAAGGACGCCUCCCCGAGACAAUACAGAAAGAGAUUUUGUCCCACGUCCACAGUGGAGCAGAAGCAGCUCAGAGAGGACCCUGGUGCCAAGGGCUCGGGGGGCGGCAAGGAGCUGGGAUCCUUCGCUUCUGCUGCUGACUUUAAAGUGGUUUUACGCAAAGUCUGAGGUUGAUCACGGAAUCAGAUUUUAACAACUCUCUUCAGCUUCUAGAAAGUUCCUAGAACUCAAGCUUUGAGAGUGCUUUGUAAACAAAGAACACAAGUAGGAAAAAAGCCACAUUACAAACACGCAUUAGAAGGUCCUGACGUGAAUCACAAAGACGCUGACAUCCUGAGAAACCUGUUCUUGAAACUUUCUACUGUUCUCGUAAGAUUUCCCUGCAUCUCUAUAUGAAAUUCAAAGUGAUAGCUUAGGAUUCAAAGUCUGUAUGUUUCAAACAUCGUUUUAGCUUUGCAAAUUAAAGCUGUUUUGCGUGUGAAGUAGGAACGGUCAGAAUCAGGGUUCUGACUCGGGAGACUGAGGUGGUCAGAGGGCGCGCCUCCUUCGAGCCUGUGAGCGUGGACUCCAGCCCUCAAACCCCGGGGGCUGUUACUUGGAUGCUUCUGGCGGGAUUGCCGAUGUGCGGAGAUAAGUUUUGUUUCUAAGCAGGCACGGAAAUAGCUCACUUUACUGUCGCACAGCUGGAAUUCGGCUCUUCUGUAUGAUUCGAAUUUUCAGAUAUGUGAAGCUUGCUUCUUUAUGCAAUAACCCAUUUAAUUUCAGCCAUAAUGAAUAAAAGUGUUUCCAAAAUACGA